CAAACACACACACACACAUUGACUGUCGCCUCUCCAAUUCUAUCCCUACCUCACCUACACAAAAUACAUAUUUUAAUAUAUACGUACACAGAGUGGUAUUUUUAUACACACUUUCCACUAUGUGUAUACGCAUAUAAAUAUACAUGGCUGACUCUCCACAUCAUCCUAACAUGAGUAGACAAGACCCUCCACACCCUAACCAGCAACCUUUUACCUCUCCUCCUCCACCGCCACCACCACUUCCGCCGCCCCCGGCACCUCCACCUCCUCCUUCGAGGGAUCAAUCUUCACAUCUGCAACCAACCAUUACAAGUGAAGAACUACCAUCUCCCAAGAAGGUCAAGAAAAGCUCCACCUCUUCUAGCGGGUCUCCCAGCCGCCCUGCAGCCGGAAAACACCCGUUAUACCGCGGUAUAAGGAGUCGCAGUGGAAAAUGGGUGUCCGAGAUUCGGGAGCCCAAAAAGACUACCCGUAUAUGGCUCGGCACCUAUCCUUCACCGGAGAUGGCUGCUGCCGCCUACGAUGUGGCGGCGCUGGCCCUCAAAGGUGGUGACACAUUAUUGAAUUUCCCGGAUCGUGUUGGCACGUAUCCGGUUCCGGCUUCUCCUUCUCCAACGGAUAUUCGGCGAGCAGCCGCCAGCGCGGCCGCGUUGAUGAAACCUGAGAGCAGCGGUGAGGCGGCGGCAGAUGGUGGGCAGCAGGGGCAUGACGAAUCUGUUUCUAAUGAAGAAACGUUGACUAGUGGGCAUGAGUUUAUAGACGAGGAGGCACUGUUUCACAUGCCCAAUUUGCUGAUGGACAUGGCGGAGGGAAUGCUCGUCAGCCCGCCGAGGAUGGCGUCGCCGCCGUCGGACGACUCGCCGGACAACUCCGAUGCUGAAAAUCUAUGGAGCUACUUCUGACAAGCCUCCAAAGCAGUAUCAUGAGAAAUUAACAAGCAGACAUGAAAACUUUCAUUGUAUCAUCUUCUUCAAUUACAUAUAUACAGAAUUUCUGCUCAAACAACAAGAAUUAAAUGCAUGUAAUGCAUGGACGAAAUGGGUUUUUUCUUUUUUUUUUUUUGAAGAAAAAAAUGAUCUGUUAAUUCAGGAUUCGUUCAGAAGAUUCAAUUCGUUUCAGACAGCUCAAACCUGUACGAUUUUAGGGUUAAGCAGAAGCUGUCUCUUGUAGUAGAUUGAUUUCAAUUUCAAACUGAAAAAUAAAAAAUUAUAUGUUGUUCUGGUCA